GGCCAAGGGGGCGGGGCUCCUUCCCCGAGAGCAAAGCGGCAGCGUCUCGGGUGCGGACUGCUUCGGUGUGGGGUCCGUGCGGCCCACCCGGACGAGCCCGAUACGCGGCGGCGCCUCCUACCGCCCCAGGCCGCCGGUCGGUGGCCGGGCGUCUCCUUGGGGCCGGGGUCUCCUUGGGACUAGGGUUUUCUUGGGGCCGGCGUCUGCUCGGGACCGAGGUCUCCUCGGGGGCGGCGUCUGCUCGGGACCGGGGUCUGCUCGGGACCGGCGUCUCUUAGGGGCCGGCGUCUGCUCGGGGCCUUGGCACUUGCGGACAAGUUGUGCCAGGUCUGUAGGUCCAGGCGGGUGUGAAGAUGAGCCUCAAGUCUGAACGCCGAGGAAUACAUGUGGAUCAGUCGGAGCUCCUCUGCAAGAAAGGAUGUGGCUACUACGGCAACCCUGCCUGGCAGGGCUUCUGCUCCAAGUGCUGGAGGGAGGAGUACCACAAAGCCAGGCAGAAGCAGAUUCAGGAGGACUGGGAGCUGGCAGAACGACUUCAACGGGAGGAGGAAGAGGCCUUUGCCAGCAGUCAGAGCAACCAAGGAGCCCAGUCCCUCACAUUUUCCAAAUUUGAAGAAAAGAAAACCAAUGAAAAGACCCGCAAAGUUACAACAGUGAAGAAAUUCUUCAGUGCUUCUUCCAGGGUUGGAUCCAAGAAAGCAGAAAUCCAGGAAGCAAAAGCUCCCAGUCCUUCCAUAAAUCGGCAAACCAGCAUUGAGACGGAUAGAGUCUCUAAGGAGUUCAUAGAAUUUCUCAAGACCUUCCACAAGACAGGACAAGAAAUCUACAAACAGACGAAGCUGUUUUUGGAAGGAAUGUAUUAUAAGAGGGAGUUGAGCAUUGAAGAGCAGUCAGAAUGUACGCAGGACUUUUACCAGACUGUGGCUGAACGGAUGCAGACUCGUGGAAAAGUGCCUCCAGAAAGAGUUGAGAAGAUAAUGGACCAGAUUGAGAAGUACAUCAUGACACGCCUGUACAAACAUGUAUUUUGCCCGGAGACCACUGAUGACGAGAAGAAAGACCUUGCCAUUCAGAAGAGGAUUAGAGCCCUGCACUGGGUUACACCUCAGAUGCUCUGUGUCCCUGUUAAUGAAGAAAUUCCAGAAGUGUCUGAUAUGGUGGUGAAGGCAAUCACAGAUAUCAUUGAAAUGGACUCAAAGCGGGUACCUCGAGAUAAGCUGGCCUGUAUCACCAGGUGCAGCAAGCACAUUUUCAACGCCAUCAAGAUCACUAAGAAUGAGCCGGCGUCUGCAGAUGACUUCCUGCCCACUCUCAUCUACAUUGUGUUGAAGGGUAAUCCUCCACGCCUGCAGUCCAACAUCCAGUAUAUCACGCGUUUCUGCAACCCUAGCCGCCUGAUGACGGGAGAGGACGGCUACUACUUCACCAACCUGUGCUGCGCUGUGGCUUUCAUUGAGAAGUUAGACGCCCGGUCACUGAAUCUAAGUCAGGAGGACUUUGACCGCUACAUGUGUGGCCAGAGUUCCCCUCGGAAGCAAGAGGCCGAGAGUUGGUCUCCUGACUCUUGCUGGGGUGUGGAGCAGAUGUACAAGAACUUGGACCUCCUGUCUCAGUUGAAUGAACGGCAGGAAAGGCUCAUGAGUGAGGCCAAGAAACUGGAAAAAGACUUAAUAGAUUGGACGGAUGGGAUUGCAAAGGAGGUGCAAGACAUUGUCGAGAAAUACCCACUUGAAAUUAAGCCUCCAAGUCAGCCCUUAGCAGCCAUUGACUCUGAAAAUGUGGAAAAUGACAAACUGCCUCCACCCUUGCAGCCUCAAGUGUACGCGGGGUGAGGGGCUUCCGUGGAUGGUACUUCUGGACCUGAAUGUCGGGGUCUCUGCACAGGUCACCGAGUGGGAUCCAGAGUAGAACUUCCUUACUUGGGUGUCAGGGCAUUUUCAAGGUACAGUUGUGGGAUCGUUUGUUUUUCUUUCUUCAGGGGAGGUACAGUAGAUAAUAAAGCACUAUUUAUUGAGUUACUGAAAUAUACUCCUUAAGGCUUCUGUGAGAGUUUUGUCAACAUGCUGCUGGGGCAGCUUUGACUGGAGUUUGGCUCUAGGUGAAUUACUGCCUGUUAAAGGCGAGAAGAAAUCAUUGCUCUAUUAAGGGUAUGUGAAAGGCACUUGAUGUUACCACCCUUCCACAGUUUGAAAUAAUUUUCUAAUUGUAAAGAUAGAUGUAAAGAUAGAAGAUAUAUCAAUAAGUAAAUAUGUAAAAUUAUAAAUAUGCUAAAAAAAGAAAGAAAACCACUCAGUGGUGUCUGCUGUGCAUAUGUUCUCUGUGUUAAUUAUUUUCAUUUUGAUGUUUAAUGAGUAUUUGCCUUCAGCAUUAUUUCAUGUUGUUGGUCCACUGAAAUGAAUCAAAAAGUAUUUAGAUGUACUCCCUCCUAAAUCCUGGACUUUUUGUCUUUAACCUUAACUUUGAGGUCCUGUUUAGUCAGAGGUUAAAGAUUCAAAAUAACAGUUUUAGGUUACACAGUGUUACUGUCCAGUUCAGCCAAGGGAGGAUUGGGAUCAAGCUUCUCAUCUGUUCCCCUAUCCACUCAAUACUCUUCUUUUUGGUAAAUUUUGGGUUUGUAUCCAUGACUGACCUUGAACUUGUGAUCCUCCUGCCUCAGACUCCUGAGUGCUAGGAUUGCAGCAGGCAUGUGGUACCCAGCCUGGCUUCUUGUUUGCGGAGUGGUUUGAUAGAAGGGGCAGGCCCUCGGUCAGAGAGUGUGGACUGUAGCCUCUGUACUGUACUUAUUACUUCAUAGCCAGCCAGCCAGCCCUCAACAGGCAUGUACCCCUCUUUCAGAAUUGUCCAGCCUCAGUACCUACUGACAUUUGUGGCCUGAGGACCUGUGUUGUGGGGGGCAGCGCUGUGCAUUGUGGGCAUUUAGUCCCCCACAGUUGUAAAUAUACCCUGCAGCAGUCCUGCCUUCAGUUAAGAACCAUCUUGUAAACAGGUAGUUUUCCUCCAAGUGGUUAAUGCCAUCUUACCAAAGAACACCGCAUUAAAUGCACACACUAAUAUUAACUACUGCAGUCUGGCUGCUACCUGCAGUGUGGAAACUUCUCUUUUUCUUGACAGUACUGGGGCUUGGCCUCAGGGAUUUGCACUUGCUAGGCAGGCAGUCUACCAUUUGAGCCACACUCCCAACUCUUUUU